GUCGCAGCGACGCAGCGUUUCCGAACAUCCGGAAGAACCGGGGUGAUUCCGACCCGGGAAGAGCAAAGCAGUUCUCAGCGAGUGUAGUUCAAUGCGCGUUUGAAUUUGACCUCUGUCGGGGUCUAACGAACGCGCCCCCGAUGUGACGUCGUUUCGGGAGUUCCGUGUGCCGCGUAUGUAAAUCGAACGGACCGCAGGUCUGACAUCGUCCUUCGUCCUUGGAGUGUCCUCCGGAGAGUGUCUCUCUCUCUCCGUCUUCUCGGCGGCGUCUCGUGCCCCCGUCGGAUCGCGGCGACACACGGAGCGCGGAUGUGCACGCGUUCGCGCGAGGAGGCCGACCGGUGGUGGUGCGCCGUGUCGUCGCUGAGGCUCUAACAGCGGCGACCGCUCGGCGACGGCCUCGACGUUGCUCCGAAGUGUAAUAUGUUACUCACGGGACGCAUCCCGCCGACGACGAUCGGGAGAAGAGAAGCAGCAGCAGCGCGCAGCGAAGAAACGAGGAAGGAGCGAAGCGGAGUCUGUUGACGACCGAAGAAGCGAAACUUACGAGCGUAGCUCGCACGUUUUCUUUUCUUUUCUUCUCUUCUUUUAAACGAGUGCACGGGACGAUCGCACGAGGGAGAAAAGUGUCUCGUCGUCGUCGUCGUCACGUACGAUAUGUGAGAGAAAAGUGCGAUACCAAGGAUAAGUCGUGGUAAAAGGACCUUUCCUCCUCGAAAGAGAGAAAAAGGGAGAGAGAGAGAGAGAGAGAAUUCGUCUCGACUCUUUCGUCACGCCGCCUAAUAAUCCUCCCGAGACUCCGCGGUUGUGUCAGUGUGUUUGUGUGCUCUUUUGUGUAAUCGACAAGUGGACAAGCUCUAAUCAAGCCAUGGAGGCAUCCGGGUUGAUCGCGGAGAGGCUCCCGGGGAUGAGGCUCGUCGGGAUGAGGUUCCUGGUGCUCGCCGCUGCCUGCCUGAUACCGGCCGUAAAAGGCGAGGGACAAUAUUUUCGGGUUAGGCCGAGCAACAGCUCCGUGCUGGAGGGCGGUGAGGUGACAAUUUCUUGCGAGGUGGGGAACCGAGUCGGUACCGUCCAAUGGGUCAAAGAUGGAUUUGCUUAUGUCAUACAAGACAAUGGUGAAAUCGUGGGCCAUCCGAGGCUGAAAUUGAUCGGCGAUCAGGCCUCAGGUAUUUUCAACCUGAGAAUCACCAGCGCGUCUCUGACCGACGACGGCGAGUACGAGUGUCAAGUCGGACGAUAUCUGCGGAUCAAGCCAAUCCGCGCCAGCGCACAUCUGGUCGUCACCUCGCCUCCGCAGAAGGUGGCGAUUAGCAAUCACCCAAAGAAACAGAUAAUCGAGGUGAAAGUGGGCGAAUCGAGACGCUUAGAGUGUGUCGUUAGCGCGGCCAAGCCGGCCGCCUCGAUCAUUUGGUAUCGCGGAAACGUGCAGAUCAAGGGCGGCGACACCACUAUCGCCCCAAUCUCCAUCCAGGGUGACAAGGAGAAGCCCGGGGAAACGAAGGAAUUGCUCAAGUACGACACUCGCGGUUCCAUUAUCAUCACGCCUACGGCGGACGAUAAUGGGAUGGAUUACACCUGCGAGGCCAGCCACCCGGCAAUACCCAUAGACAGGCCUAUGCGGGCCACCAUUACACUUUCCGUUUUCUAUCCACCCGGUCCACCGUACAUAGAGGGCUACACCGAGGGCGAGACCGUGCAACGCGGUCAAAAUGUGGAGCUCGCCUGUCGAUCACGCGGCGGAAAUCCGCAGGCGGAAAUUGUCUGGUACAGGAACAACGAGAAGGUCACGGCGGCCCAUCGGCGAGGCCCAGGCCUCAGCGAGAACGUGUAUUCGUUCACAGCCCGUGCGGAGGACGACAAGGCCCGCUACAGAUGCGAGGUUUCCAACAUCAUGAGCGUGCAGCCCAUGAAAGUGCACGUCGACCUCACCGUACUUUUUGCGCCCGCCGGAGUAACCAUCACCGGGCCGACCGAGGCGAAGGCGGACGACCAGGUGCUCAUUACUUGCUCGACUGAGAACUCGAAUCCGCCCGCGGAUAUAAAGUGGACGGUGGACGGGCAUAAUUUCGAGAGCAACGCCUCGAAGACGGAGAUGGCACCGAACGGUGGCUGGAUCACCAGCUCGAACGUGACGUUCAGCAUUAAUCGCAGGAGCCGCAGCAUCGUCGUCAUCUGCCACGCUUCCAACGCGAAGCUCACGGAAAACGUGGUCGGCACGCACACCAUCAACGUGAUAUAUCCACCUUCUAAACUAACCGUCACCGGAUACGAAGAGGGCACGACGAUAGUCGCCGGAACGGUGCUGAAGCUUAUGUGCACCGCUACGGCGGGUAAUCCAUUGGCCACGUUAACAUGGUACAAGAACGACCGCAAGGUACCUGGCACAGUGAGACAGCGAAAUCACGCUGUCUCGAGCGAGCUAGCGAUACUCGUCAACGCUUCCGAUAACAAUGCCCAUGUGCGAUGCGAGGCGACGAAUUCCGCCACCGAGUACCCCAUGCUCAAAAUGCUCGUGCUAAAAGUCUAUUUUCCGCCCGAGAGGGUAAAGAUUAACCGCGAGCCCCAGGAUUUUCACGCCGGCCAGGAGGGACGUCUAAUCUGCGAAUCGAGCAGCAGCAAUCCCGCCGCCGAGAUGUCGUGGUGGAAGAACGGGAUACCGGUGCCCGGCACCAGGAACAGUACCAAGCCCGGAUUACACAGCGGCUACGUCUCGUCCGUCGAGCUCUCGCUGGACUUAACCGAGGAUAUGAACGGCGAGGUGUACACCUGCGAGGCCAAGAACACUGAAUUGGGGAGAUCCAGUCACGACGCCACGACGCUCGACGUACUUUACAAGCCGAUAUUCUCGCCGUUGGACCCUUACGAAUUAACCGGCCUGGAAGGAGAGCCCUUUGUAAUUUCCGUAUCGGCGAGGGGCAAUCCCAACACAACGGAAUACACGUGGACGAGGGAUGGUCUGCCGUUGGGUACUAGCGGUAAGAGAAUAACCGCGCACGGUGCCACGCUAAAUAUCACGAGAUUGGAUCGUCAUGACGCCGGCACGUACAUAUGUGAGGCGUUGAACAAGGAGGGAACCACCUUCUACCAGCUAAAUUUGACCGUGCAGUAUCCAGCUAAAAUCAAGCGCACCUCUUCGUCGGGGCUAGUUUAUCCGCCGGGUAUCGAGGCGAAGCUAUUCUGCGAAGUCGACGGCAGUCCGAUCGGCGACGAGUAUGUCACAUGGCAGAAAGUCGGAUCGAAUCCUGAACUGCCGGGACGUUACUCGACGUCUUUCAUUAAUCGGACAUCGUAUCUUCAUAUAGAGUAUCCCAGCCAGGAAGACGUCGGCGAGUAUCGAUGCAAGGUUAACAAUGGCAUCGGCAACGUAACAUCGGACCCUAUUCUAUUUAUUACGAAUUUUAAACCGGAAAUGACGAACACCCCGCUGACGCGAAAGGCAGCGGCGAACAGAGGAAUAAGCGUCCAAUUGUUCUGCAAAGCGCGAGGAUCUCCAUUGCCGCGUUUCACUUGGAUCUUCAAUGGGAAAACUUUAUUGUCGAAUGCAACCGAGGAUAAAUACAGUAUCGUUCACAGUGAUUUGUCCGAGCUCUAUUCGGAAACGACGUUGACUAUCCAUCACGUGAGGUCGCAGGACUACGGAAAGUAUGAGUGUCGCGCCCAAAACAAAAUGGGACAAGCCACAGACGAUAUACAUUUGGACGUAACGUCGCCUCCGGACAAGCCGAGUGACUUAGAAGUCUAUAACUAUACGCACGACUCGGUAACGUUGAUCUGGAAGCGCGGUUUCGACGGCGGCCUGCCGACGUCCCAUCAGAUACGAUGGCGACAGGCGCAGGAUUACGAGGAUCGCUAUCACUACCUGGACAUCUCGCCCGGCGAGUACAAGGCCACCAUAUCCGGCCUGUCGCUGGGGACUUAUUACGUGUUUAGCGUAAAGGCCAUCAACGAAAAGGGAGACAGUGGUUUCUUGCCGGAUCUCGUCAAAGUCCAGACGCUUCGCCCGAAUAAAGAGGAAAACCUGCCGGAUGUCCUCUUGGAAAAGGGCGACUUUCCGAUGAAUUAUAUCUAUACGUUAGCGGCGACUUCCGUCAUCAUUUUUAUCGUUAAUGUCUUCAUCAUGUUGUGGUACAUAAUACGAAAACGAAAUAAAGCUCGCAUUAAUAAGUCACAGACCGCGGAUAUGUACGCACCAUCCACUGUCAACGGCGACACCAUGACCGGCGAAUUAAGUUCGAUGUCGGAUGAGAAGAGCGACGUCAACUUCGACGCUAAUGAUUACGUGGACGAGGGGCGCAAAACCGCAGCUAGCACGUAUUUAAUAGAUCAAACUAUACAGGAUUUCGGGAAAGGUGGUUUAGAGAUGCAGGUUCAUCAGGGCACUCUCGGUCGUCGUAGCAAUCACAUGCAAACGUCCAUGAACAUGGAUUCGCCGCCGCAGCGGACUACCGCCAGCGGGACUCUCUCAGGUACGUUGUCGAAGUCGAGUUACAUCGGCAACCCGAGCCCGGCGCCACCCAACGACGUGAGCUUCUACAGCGUGGAGAUGGACAACGGCGGCCGGAGCUACAUGAGCUACGACGGCAAUCCGAGUCCGGCGCCGCCCGCGAUCGAUCCGACUGGCGGGCCCUACUAUCCCUCGUCCAUGGGCUCGACGGGUCACAUAAUGGGCGGACACUUGGGAGCCGGUACCGGCACUCUGACGCGUACCAGAACAUUGCCGCGUCCAGUGCCGCCGCCCGACGUCACCGUCAUGACCGCGGGCACCAAGUCGCCGAUACCGCCGUCGGUGCCGCCGCCACCUGCCACGUUCGCCCGUGUCGGUACCAACAACGGCGUGCCCCAUCCGCACCCGCACUCGCAUCCGACUCCGCCGCCGCCGUCCUGCCAGAGCCAUCCGCUGUCGACAUUCGCGGCGACGCCGACCUACUCCGACAUCGACGGUCAUCUUGUUUGAGGCUCGCCGAUCUUCGGGCCCAGCUCGACGCGUGGAAAAUAUCGCGCCGUCGCCCAGAAUGAUCCAGAGGACUGUCGACCGGCCACGGAGAGGAGUACGCGUCUCUGAGUAACGCAAAGCGUCGUGAUGGCGGAUCCUCUUCCGAACUGUCCAUGUCAUUCGCCUCGUCACCGAUCAUCUCCUUGAACGAUAGCGAAGAGAAUGACGGCGACGGUUCGCGAACGACGGCGUCACGGCGCGGCUGCAGGCCCUGGCACUUAUCACCAUACGCUUGAACAAUCUCCAAGGAUUCUGUUUGGUGCGCGAGAACGAAAGUACGACGAAGUGUGUAAAUAUAGCAAGACAGAGGCAAAGAGAGAGAAAGAACGUUAACAUGGGACGAGAGAGUGGUGCACCAGGUUCACGCUGUAAACAGCCUUUCCCUUUCACGCGGUUACUUCCUAGACGAGAGGAGACACGCGCGGGGCUCUCCUACGCGAUUGAAUUCUAAUCUUAGGGAUACAUGUAUGCAUAAUUGAACGCUCGACAAAGAGCGAUUUUGGAGAAGGAGAGGGAACGACCGCGCCCCGACACGCGCGCGAGCGUUCUCCAAAAAAGCACGAGAACGGUUCUACCGUUCCUCCUCCGCUACUCUGCCUUCCCCUCCUCUUAUCUUUAUUGUUUUCCCUGCUCUAACUCUUCGUCUUUAUCCGCUCGCCUUAGCGUUAUUUAGCGUACUCGCUAAACAGCGACGUAAUCACGACGCAUCGAACGAUCGAGCUCCAAAUCGACGCACCGAUCGUCGAGGAAAGUAUAUUUUUUCUGUAAAUAGCACGCAUAAUCCGUGAGAUAGACGAGAGAACAACCCCGCGAUAAUUUCGUUCUUCGGUUGUUUCGUGCACGUCGGCACACUUCUUCGUCAUAGCGAUUAUGUUUAGAUAUCACUAUGCUAGUGUCAACGACUGCCGAGAAAAUCUGCGAGAGAUCUUUGAAAUAUCAAUAUAGGGAGUGAUCUCUUACUGUGACUGACGCCGAAAUGCAAAAAUUCCAAAUUUCCAAGUAUACAGUCAUAAUCUUCACGCUCAACAGUGACAUUGUCACUAUAAAUACGAAAUACAUUCCCUUUUGGAACUAGAAUCGCCAGUAUCAUGUUACGAUUUAAAGCUUGGAAGAAAAAAGAUAAUGUAUGUUCAGAUCAUGUGGUUUUUAUUUUUUAUUACAAUAGGAAAAAGUAGCUUAUAUAUCUAUUAUAUACAAGUUAUUUACGAAUUUAUCGUUUGUUAAUACAUCCUCAUAAAGAAAUUUUGAAUAACUGGAAUAUAUUGAAAUUUUGAAAAUAUUUACUACAAAUUUUGUUGAUAGAAUAUCAAUAGACAUACAACGGAAUUUUCUAACAGCAGAUUGAUUACAAAAACUGAGCAGACUCUACCAUUUUGUAACCGUUUCAUUUAAAUGAUGUACUUCAUUUAAAUAUUUAUGAAAUGACAGAUUCCGUUCGAUUUCUACCGACAAUUUGCUGUCAGAUUAUAUUGACAGGCGCUACCGGCAAAACAUGAGUUUAAUGCGAAUAAUACUGGAUCUGUUGCAAUAUCUGAGCAAGUCUGCUGCCAAUCUGUUGUCAUACUGCGGGCAGUUUACUUACUGGAAUAUGAAAUAAUAUUUACAAUUUAUAUAUAUCAAGUAAUACACUUAUACAAAAUUUUGUAUAUAAUUUUACACAUUUUUCCAGUUAGAUUGUAAAUCUCUAUUUCGAAAAUUAAUUCACGAAAACAAGUGAAUUCUUGCAACCUUUUUUUAAUGCACAAAUUUAUCUGCCUGUCUUCCAAUUUGACGUUGGUUAUCCUAGUUCCAAGAUACCGGAUCUCAUCGGUAUCAAGUUUUUACGAUUACGACUAUCAUGCAAGGUCAGUAAUAUUGAUUUCUAAAAUAUUAGUAGCAAUUAAUUAAUAAUCGCACAAUACUGCCCCUUAAAAACUCGCGAGAGUGGGCAUAUCCGUCAUAACCGUCCAUUAUUUACUUUCGCGUCGAUGAGUCGAUUCAUCCCGACGAUUCGAGACUGAAGGAGACGAGACAAUCGUUAUUACAAAAAAGGUGUGCAUGGAAAAUCGUAGAGCAAAGUCGUUAGCAACGACGUUAAGCUUUCUUUCCUUUUCCACACCCUCCAUUCGUGUCGUUUACGAUUCUCUAUUUGAGUUAACGGCGUCUCCUUCUACACGAUAUCAAUGAGUGCUAGCCCAGAGUUUAGCGCUAAAUGUGGCUGUUUGAUCUCUAAUCUUGACAUUACCGCUCGGUGAAACACUUAAAGUUACAGAAUAUAGCCACUUUUAGUACUAAAUGACAAGAAUAUUCAGCGAGUCUGUUAUUUUGCACUUUACAAAAGCAUUUAGGAUCUUGUGAUUCUUGCGAACAUAAGAAUUUGAAGUCAAUUGCAAUUUUAGGAAGGAUUAAGAAAUAGAAUCAAAUUUUUCGCAAUAACGCGCGAAAGUAAAUUUUUGUCGCAAACUUUAACUCUUCGGUAGUUUGAAAUUUUGUUGAAAUAUUUUAGAUAUUAUCAUAAUUAAUAUCUAAAAUUAUUAGCUAGAAAUAUGUUUUUAAUCUAAUAUCAGGCAAAUUUUCCAGUCUCUAUAAAUUUAAAAGAAUUAUUUGUAUGCUGAUGAUUUGUACACAAUGCAAUAUUUUACAAUAUAAAUACUAACAAUUUUAAAUUUUUAUUGUAAAUUUAUUUUUACAUUAUAUUUUAAUACGGAAUGUUAAGCUUUAUUUGAAUCACUCAAUUGACAAAUUGCAUUUCUGCAAGCAUGAAAAUUUCUAGAUUUUAUUUUUUCCGUUGCAACUUAAAUUGUCCCAUUUAUCUUCCACUUUUUCAAUUGACUUUGGAUUAUACUGCGCAAGAAAGGGAUUAUUCGACAACUUGAGCAAUGUGUUGAAAAGUACGCGGAAGAACUUUACCACUGUUUCUGAAACGUGAACGACCCAUUGAAGCACGUUGUUAGAAUAAUCGCGCAAUUUGCAUAUCAUAAGUCACAUUCGCACUUUAAUUACUUCUGUUGGAGUUACUUACGUCGCUUAAAUUACUUAUAUCGCUAUUUACGUAACUGCGCUGCGAUUGUCAUCCCUUGAGUAAUUUCAAUGAAAAACGAAUCUGAGCAUUGUCAUGUGUAGAGAACGAAGUUUUCACUGCCGAUCCUGAAGUCAAUACUGUAGGUAAUCCGUACCGAUUGUUUAAUAUACUUUUUACAUUCUACACACGCGCGAUAAAUAUACACGUUUACAAUGUAUGUUAAACGACCGCUUGUUACAUUACGAUUUUACGAUUGUAAAUCACAAGCGAUCGGUCGUUUGUUAAACAAAAAAAAAAAGAAACCUACAUAUGUUUGCGUUUUACUGAUAAUUCCGAUUUUCUUGGUGAGCCAAUCUUUUCGUUCGUCACGAAUAUACGAGCGGAUCAAGUUGCAUCCACGAUGCAUCUUCACGCGUUUGCGAAAACCGGAUAACGACGACGCAGACUCACUCGGCUGAAUCGAGUUGAGUCGAGAUUGUGAUUCGAUCAUCGCAAAUCCUGCCAGGAUUUUCACCGCGAAUGUCUCCGCACAAGAUGAAGACACGCGAGGUAUAAUGUAAUCAGCAAGACAUCCCAGAGAAAGAAACGAAAGAACUGGGGGAGCCGUACUAGUGAACGUCUCGGCGUAGUGAUAUCUUGAACAAAGACAAUAGUACAUAAGUUUAAUUGCUACGUAAUGGUUUUUUAGUUAAGGAUAAAUAUAUACUCUGCCGACGGCGCGGCGAUAUUUCGAGAGGACCGCGCGAAGAAAGAGCGCAGCUGUUACACACGACUCACGCGCGGACAGUCGAAAAAGAACCGCGCAAACACUCGACUAAAUGUUCAUACAUAUACAUAUAUUUUUGCAUUUAUUUCCAAUUACUAAUUAUGAUUAAAUCGUGUAAAUAGUCGAUAACGUCUCAAUGUUUCACGCGGUCGCAAGAGUGGAAAAAAAAAAUUACAAAAAAAAAUAAAUAACCGAGAAAAAAGUAAU